ACUAGCGCCUCAACAUGGCGGCCAGUUUUCAGUGGUACAGCCCAAUCACGUGACGGCGCGGUCCGAUUCCGCUGGCAGCUGACACUCCGACAUGGCGUCCGUCAUCAAAGACACGGGCGAGAUCUGGGGCAGGCUGUUCGACCACCGACCGUUCGUCCAGGGGGAGGUGACGUUCUUCCUACGAGAGUUUCAGGAAAAGAGGUCUGACAGGGAGGUGGAACGUCUGUUCAAGAUACUAGAGUAUACGACGGAGCUGAAGGAGAGCCAGUUGGAUCGCACCGAGCAACUCGGCGAUUGCCACCUGCCCAGCCUCAAAGCGAACGUGGAUGUCGCGCUGAGUAUGUGCAACCGCGUUUUGCAGAGGGAGGACAAUUUUGACAGUGAUACCGUUUUGAGCGAAAACAGGUUACUCAGAAAAAGGGAGUGGGAGAAAUUCAUAAAUGAUAUGAGCGAUAAGUGUCAGAAGGUGGACCAGACCUUUCAGGAGAAGGAAACCGAGAUACAGGAGUUCUACGUUGACCUGGAAAAGAAAUUGCACAUUACGCCAUAGGAAAUAAUA